UAGCAUGUUAAUUGUACAGUGUAAUCAGGCACAAAGGCAACUUUCGCUAAGGGGAUUCAUUUUUAAGAAUAUAAUAUUUCCUAAUGCUCAACUUGACAAACGGCUUUUUGUAUUUAAUUAAAUUUCAGUAUGGCGCAUGUGUGUCACUUCUGUGGCAGUCAUUUUUCUACAAAUUACAACAUGCAGCGACACAUGAGGAGUAGGCAUGGAGCGGGAUGCCUCGUUCCAUAUACGUGUUAUAACUGUGACAAAACGUUUACAAGAAAGGAAUAUCUUAUUGAACAUAUGACGAUAGCACAUAGAUCCAGUGAUCAAGAUGAGAUGUUUGUGUGUGCAAAAUGCCCAAAACAGUUUCUAUCUAAAAGACGUUUGCGCAGACACGAAAAGACACAUGCAAACACUGAGUUUUAUUGUGACAUAUGUCAAGAAAAUGGACUUAGUGAUAUGCAAGUACGAUCCUUUAAAACCAAGGAAUAUCUGGACAAACACAAAAGGAUUACCCACGGAAAAGUUGUAUUUGAAUGUCCCCAUUGUGGAAAAACAUGGAAGAAAAGGGCAAACAUGAUCAAUCACAUUAAAAAAAAUCACUGAACAAUUUAGGAAUUUAUUAACUCAUGAAAAAAUAACUAUUUUAAGGCAUCACUUUUGUAUUAGGCCUAUUUGCUUUUAAUUAGCGAUGCGACUGAUGACUGCCUCUUCUUUGUUUGACAGAACUUUGUACUAUACAUGUAUCUCCUUGUGUUACUUCCCAGCUUCCCACUGAAGCAAUAGCUAUCAGUGAAUUUUUUGAUACUCUAAAAUAUAAGUGCAAAAAAUAUAUCUUUAGAAAAUUUAUAUAUUUUUCCAUGCAUUGAUUUUCCUGUAAGUGAAGGGUAAUAAAUGCUCAUUUUAACAUUCAUAUGUGUUUGUAAAUAAUAUAUAUGCUUUAAAUCAUAUAUUUUAUUUGUUUAAAUUAUAUAAUUCAACUGAUCUGCUCCGGUUACGUUCCCAGCUCCGG